AAUUUUUCACGCAUUAUCUUCUCUCCCCCCAAAGGUACACAUAUCGCCUACCUUGCCCUUCACUCCUCGCCGUCUUCUCUUCUUCUCUUUCUUUCCUCCUCCUCAGCAUGAGCGGUCUAGCCACUUCCAACAUCCCCGUUGAUCCCGUGGCAGCCAACCCAGAUCAGCCAAGCAUCACUCCAACUGCUGCACCCGAUGCCUCGCGACGAGAGCCCGCCUCCUCCGCCGCCGGUACCACCGAACUCGCCGGUAAAUCGGUAAACGUCCUGCUCGCGCACGAGCAGGAGAAGCUGGAGACUGCUAAGAAAUUGGUGAUCGACGCCCUGAGAUUCGUACCUGACUUCCCCAUCCCCGGUAUAAACUUCAUCGAUAUCCUCCCGAUAUUCCAGAACCCUGUGGCAUUUGAGUCUCUCCUCGAAGUACUUGCCCUCUUAAUACGAGAACGAUACGGCGACCAGAUACCAGAUGUCAUAGUGGGUCUAGAAGCACGCGGUUUCCUCUUUGGGCCUUCACUUGCAUUGAGGCUCAGCCGCCCAUUCGUCCCAGUCCGGAAGAAGGGCAAGAUGCCAGGCGCAUGCAGAACAGUUGAGUACAAAAAAGAAUAUGGAUCAGACGAAUUUCAGGUGCAAAUCGAUGCUAUCAAGCCCGGACAAAACUGCUUGAUCGUGGACGAUAUCAUUGCUACUGGAGGAACUGCUGCUGCUGCAGGCCAACUCGUGGAGCUCUCGGGUGCUAAAGUCAUGGGUUACCUCUUCAUGAUUGAAAUUACGAAUCUCAAGGGCAAAGCGCUAUUGGGUGACAAGCCCAUGAUCACUCUCGUCGAACACGAUGAAGAGGAAUAGAAUCCGCGUAUCACCUAUUCUAGCAUCCCCUGUUCCCGCGUCACAAAAAAAGGUUUCAUUACCAAAAUAAACGAAAGAGGACGACAAUAAUUCACACAAAUUCUACCAUUCUAAAUCUAAUGUUAGAUGCCUCUCGGACUUUAUUGGAUAGUUGGGCUGGAUAGAACGCGCUGUUGGGUUGCUACAGUACUUCAGCGCAACCGUUAAUCACAAG